UUACAUGAACGACUGAAUGUGAUUAAUGGAAUUCAAGGCGAUUAUUAUUAUAACGGUCCAAGUAAAACGGAGGUUCAUUUUUCAGCCAUUUCAAAAAAACUUGAUAAAGUCAUUAAUAAUAUCGCCAGCCUCGAGACAAGAAUAUCAAGAAUGUCCGCUGGUGGCAGUGUCAGCAAUGACUAUUCAAUUCGAGAAUUAAAAGAAGAUCUACAACGGAUGGUAGGAAAGAUUGAAUCGUUAGACCAACCCAACGAUAUAAUCAGGACUUCACAAGAAAACGAGAGUCAGAUCAAUCGCACGCCAAUUCAACGUGGAUGA